AUGGCUCCAAAUCCUGUAUCAUUACCCGAUCCCGACGACGACUCUCCUUCUGCCGGACUCCUCAGUCCCUGGAGACCUCCCCGACGGUCCAUUUCUACCGGCCGAAGUUCUCCGUUUGUCCAAAGUCCAUCAACAGCGUGGCGAGAUGAACUGAUCAAUAACGCUGAGAAGAUGAGGCGCCGCGUGUAUAAAGUGUGGAGUGGGAUGACUCUUCUGCACAAGAUCCUCGCCUGCAUUGGGCUGGUAGCGUUGGCCACCCUGGGUGUCCUGUUCCUUGCGUUCAACGAACGUAUCUUCGGCUGGCUCGAACCCCUCGCUGAACGCUGGAAACAUACCACCGGAGGCUGGACUAUCCUAUGGGCUAUCGUCUUUGUCUGUGCCUUCCCACCCGUCAUUGGAUAUUCUACCGCCGGCACCACCGCCGGCUUUGUCUAUGGCGUCGGCGAAGGUUGGCUGAUUCUGGCCUCCGCUACCGUGGUCGGAUCUUUCUGCGCCUUUAUCGUCUCGAGAAGUGUCCUGCGGAAGUGGGUGGAGCGCAUGGUCGCCCACGACAAGAGGUUUGCCGCCUUCAGCCUCAUCCUGAAGCAUGACGGGUUGAAGUUGUUGGCCAUGAUCCGACUUUGCCCUCUACCAUAUUCCCUGUCGAACGGUGCCAUGUCCACUUUCCCUACAGUCAGCCCAUUCAUGUAUGGCCUGGCCACGGCGAUGGUCACCCCCAAGCUGUUGGUGCACGUCUUUAUUGGAAGCCGCUUGGCCGUCAUCGCGCGUACACGGGAAAAGAUGACCAUGGGAGAUCGAGCCAUCAACUAUGGAAGCAUUGCACUGGGUGCUGUGGUGGGCAGCUUGACAGGAUUAUACAUUUAUCGACAAACCAUGGCUCGAGCCAAGCAACUUGAGGCUGAUGAAACCAACUCCAUCCGCGAUGCGGCACGAAGAACCGGUCACCCGCCGCCUGAUUUCAGUGACGAUCCCGAGGCCCAGGUGGCCGCGGACGCCCUGGUUGACGACACGAUGGACUACUUUGACGACUCGCCUAAUGAGCGAGGGUAUCAUGACGAGACAGACGAUGAUGAUGUUUUUCUCAAAGGCGAUGGGGCAGCAGAUGAACCCGUGAUUGCCAACAUCAGUCUGCACCAACAAAAGAAAUACGAGGGAGCAUGA